GAAAAACCCUUGUUUUCCUUUAAGUUUCUAUACCAGUGUUUUCAUUGCAUUUUCGUUACAUAAGUUUUGAGAACCGUUGCUGCGUACCGAAUCCAUUAACGGCUUAAGAAACAUACAACCACCUAUAUUUGCCACCCAGUUACACAGACAAAAAUAACAUGAAUAUAUUUUAUAUGCACAUAAUUCCAUAUACAAUUUGAGCUUAUUUAUCUUAUCUAUUUUUGAUAAUGGUCAUUUGUUAAGAACAAAAGAAAUCCAUAUAAUUUGAAAACAAAUAAAUCACGAAAACCAUAUAAAAGAGAUUUUCUACUUAAACUUGAAAUCUUAUAAAAUUGUUGCUAGAGGUAAUGUAAGGCCAUUUUAACGGGAAUUGAAUAGAAAAACCAAAUCGUAGAGUGACCCGAUUGCAGUAGAAAAAUCCCCAAGAUGCAGCCGCCGCCGCGUAAGGGAAACUAUGUGAAAUUCCUCAAGAAUUUGCACACGGAGCAGGUGGCCAAGCUGCAGCUGAAGAAUCAGCAUGAGUGCGACCUGUUGGAGGAUAUCCGGCAGUUCACCAUCAAGCGCUCAGCUGUCGAGAAGUCUUACAGCGAGUCGCUUCUGAAGAUCUCGUCGCAGUAUCUCAACAAGAAGAUACCCAAUAUACCGGAUAUUAAGAUGGACGGAAUGGAGGAGCGAUGGAAUAUGUGGAGCGUUUGGCGCACGGUGCUCGAGGAGAACGAGAAGCUGGCUCGAGCUCGAUUGGCCGCUAUAGAGGUAUUCCAACAGCAAAUCGCUGACGAGGCUAAGGUACUCCGUGACUAUAAGUUGGCCAUAGCUAAGCGGUCGCUAUCCGGAAUUGUCAAUGUACAGAAAGAACUCCACUUGAGUGUGGGCGAUGUGGACAAAACCAAGAAAUCAUACUUUGACGAAGAGCAUUGUGCUCACGAUGUCCGGGAUAAAGCUCGCGAUAUCGAGGAGAAGUUAAAGAAAAAGAAGGGCUCCUUCUUUCAAUCAAUCACUUCGCUGCAGAAGAACAGUGCCCGGGUCACAUCUCGCAAGGAGUUGCUCGAGGAGAAGUCUUCGGGCGCCAGAAAUGAUUACGUACUUAGUUUGGCAGCUGCCAACGCCCAUCAGAAUCGUUACUUCACCGUCGAUCUGCAGACCACGAUGACCACCAUGGAGAACUAUGUCUUCGAGCGAGUCGCCGAGUACCUGAUGCUAAUGGGACGCACAGAGCUGCUGACUUGCUCGGCUACGCAGAAUAGCUUUGGGAAAAUCCGUGACCAGGCACAGCAGUUGACCCGGGAAUACAAUCUGCAGUGCUGCUACCUAUUUUAUCCCGUUCUAAAGCAGCACAUCCAGUACGAUUUCGAGGCUUGUGACAAUGAUCCAGUGCGCAAGGUGACCGCGGAGCAUGAAUCCGCUGCCGAGACACUGACCAAGGAGGCAAAGAAUCUAGCCGGAAGGGUGGUCAAGGAGAACGCCUCGAUUCGGGAGAAUGCCAAGAAGUUGGCCCUUUGCCAGUCGCUGCGAGAUUCUGGUCAGCGCAGUGACCCCAACGAUCCAAAUGGACCCGAUCUGGACACCAAGAUCGAGGAGUUCCGUGAUCAAAUCCGUCGAUCUGAGACAGAGAAGACAAAGGCGGAGGCUUGCUUGCAGUGUCUGCGGGAUGGUGGCAUCAAUGUGGAUGAGUGGGUGCAGGAGGCCGAGAUUAUGGGCGUGCAGGAGCUGACGCGUUCGGCCAGUUCGAUUUCGAUGCGCACCGAUGCCUCCGGACAGGGAGAAAAUCCCAGCUCGGAUUCUUUCUAUGACAGCGAUAAAGAAGAAACCCAGACUCAGACAGCUGCCCAAUCGAAACCCAAGCAGGAGCAGCAACUCUCCAGGGAUCGCACCUUUAGCGAUAGUGACGAUGAACCCGAAGUGCGUCCAUCGGCGGCAGCAGCUUCUUCGGCAGCUGCUGCUUCCUCAUCUAUGAUGGCCAGCAGCGCUGGUGGCUGGGAUGAUCCCACUGAGGUUAAUUGGGGAGCUGCCGAGGAGGAGGAGGACAAGGAGGAACCGAUUGUCCCAGAGCCUAAGGAGGCUAUCUUUAAGUGCACUGCGCUCUACAGCUACACGGCCCAGAAUCCCGACGAGCUCAGUAUCGUUGAGAAUGAACAACUCGAGGUAGUUGGCGAAGGUGACGGCGAUGGGUGGCUGAGGGCCCGCAACUAUCGCGGCGAGGAGGGCUACGUGCCACACAACUAUCUGGACAUCGACCAGGAGACAGCGGGCAGCGCCUUUAAUGGUACUUCCGGCAAUCAAUUGCGCUCUCAAAUCUCAUUCUCAUCUGUCGAUUAUACCGUUGACAAUGAAGAUCAGACGGUGGACUCGAUGCAAUCGCCCGACCAGGUGUCGGUCAUCAUGGCGCCCCAGAAGAGGGUCAAGUCGGACGUGGAAUGGUGCAUCGCGCUGUACGACUACGACGCCACCGCCGAGGAUGAGCUGACUUUCGAGGAGGGCGACAAGAUCAAGAUCAUCACUAAGACCGCUCAUGGUGUGGAUGAUGGAUGGUGGGAGGGUGAACUGGAUGGCAAGUUUGGUAACUUCCCUUCGCUGGUCGUCGAGGAGUGCGACGAGAUGGGUGAACCGCUCAGCGAAGGUGGUGAUGAAUCCCCUCCACCCACCGCGGCACCCAGCUUUGCACUGCCUCCCGCUCCGGCACUGCCGCCAGAAUACGCCCACGAGCUGGAACUGGAGCUCACCGAGGAUAUGUUUGGCUCCCAAGAUACAGCAGAUGAGGAUAGCGGCUAUAUACCCAACGGCGCUGCUGCCCCGAGUAUGCCUCCGCCAGGCCAGAACCAAAGCCAAACCACUGCCAAGAAGGUACUCAUCCAAGAGCCUGGCAUGGAGGACGAUCUCAGUGACGAUGGGCAGCCGCCGCCGUCGUUGCCGCCGCCCCAGCUAGCCAAGCCCGGUGGAUCCGCUCCUGGAUCUGGAAGUAAGGUCGAAAAGGGGGCGGCGGCGGGCGGCGCCAACACGCUGAACUUAGGUAUGGCACAAAUAAUUGUUACCGCUGCAACCCCCAUGGUUGAAGACGGUGCCGAUAAAUCUUUCCCACCAGUAGGCGAGAGCGAUGCUGCCCAGCCCGAGGAGCAGGCGUCCAAGGAACAGCCGACGGAAGUGGCCAAAAAGCCAGAUAUUGCGCCCAAGCCGCAGGCCAAAGUGGCUACCCAGAGUUCGGCGGCCAAAGAAGGUAAUGCUGGAGGAGUGAAGCCCGUGGUGAGCAUUACACUGACCGAGUAUCCAUCCUGUGAUGCAGAGGACCAACAGUCCUUCUCGGAGGGCACGGACUCAGCAUCGGUGGCCGAUGUGCCGGCCCUGCAGGAUGCCGAGGAUCCAUUCAACGAGAAGGCCAAGGGCGGUGAUUCCAGCGGAGGCGGUGGAUCAGGAUUUGAGGCCAACUUUGAGGCCAACUUUGAUGCCAACUUUGAUGAUGCGUUUGCGGGUAGCGCAGGAUCUGGUGGAUCCGGCGGAGGUGGGGGAGGAGGUGGGGAGCAGUCCAGCGAGUUGGACGUCAAUGGAGAGGCAGCAGGAGAAUCGGGAUCAGGAUGUGCGACCGGCGAGGAGGAUAUUGAGGCACCCAAACAGGUGGUCGGUGGGCGAGCUAGCAUACCCGAGGAAUUGGACUCAAAUCAAUUGGCACACGACCAUGAGCAUGAUAUAUACUAUAUAGACUAUAGCCACGGACAGUUAUAGAGCGGAUCAGCGGAACACCACAGCCACAGCCACAGCCACAACCACAGCCACAUCCACAACCAAACCCCACAACACUUGAAAGCAUUUUGAUCUCAGACACCAUCCAUCCCACCACAACCUAUCCAACAAAUCCAAACACACAGAUUAUAUAUAUAUAUAUAUUGAUAUAUAGCCAGACUCAGACGGACUAGCAACUUAUCGAUCGGGUGGCGGAAAUAGAUUGUAGGAAGUUUUACUAAUUGGACUUUUCCCUAUAUAAGUAAAUAGAAAAUAGUUUAUUUUGGCUGCCCGAUUUAACAUACAACGACACAAUAGCAGGAUAUAGAAUAUAUGUACUUAUAUAUCAGGUCGGGAUCCCUCUCUCCUAAUUCACGUACAGCGCUCAAAUUGUGUACAUCCAUUUGAAAACUUCUUCUGACUGCCUCUGGGGUUAUAGUUAGACAUCAACUGGGCCUUCAUAAACAAACAAACAAAUAAAAAAGAAAAACCAAAACCACCAUACGAUAUAUAUUACUAUAUAAAAUAUAUACAUAAUUAUGUUAGUUUGUAAUGUGUUAUACCCUCGGACACGUAUGGAAUACAUUGAUAUAUAUAUUAAUAUUAUAAAAUGGAAUAUUGUAACGUUUUGAAAGACAAUUACUUAUGUAGCACUCCAGACACGGGUCUUCGAAUAUCAGCAGCAUCCACAACUAAACGAGCAAUAAUAUGUAUAUAUAUCUAAGUAAAUUAGAGUAUCCGAUUUAGCAGCAUUAAGUUAGCCAUUCGCUUUAACUUGUCGCCAACAACAACAACAACAACAACAACAACAAAAGCCAAUCAACUUAAAUGUCAAUUCAGUUGGUCUUUAAGUUCUAUAGCUUUUGUUCUUCGCUUCACUUAGUCCUAGGAUCUCUGCACAUUAUAGUAAAUUAAUCGAAGCCGAAUAACGAAUGGAUCGUUUUGGAAUGGAUACGGCGGAUAUAUAUUGUUGUAAUUGUAUGCAAAUCACUAGCCUAAUUAGUUAAAUGUUUUUCGUGUCUAGUUAAAUGGUCUAAGUUAAUGUUGGAUGCCAGAACGAAGAUAUUUGAAAUUAGUGAAAAGCCUACUCAAUGCGAGACUUUGUUUUGCGAAUACUCUCGAAUAUAAAAGUUCAUAAAACUCACCAAUUGGAUAACUUCAUAUUCACAUAACCGAUAUUACAAGAUAACUAUAAUGAAAACCGAAUAUAUAUAUAUGUAAGCCGCAAACUGAAUUGUAUGUAAUUUUUGACCCCCGCGCCCAGUGAGUUAAUCAAAGUUUUAUGUCAUAGUUUUGAAAGACCUUCUGUUCGAACAACUAACAAAUAAAAUUUCCACUUUAAAGCAAGAAAA